UACUCGUAAUACUAUUUCGCUCAUUUUAAGGGAAAACAAGUUUCACCCUUAUAGGAUGUCUGUUCACCAAGCGUUGAAUUAUAACGAUUUCCGACAAAGACUUCCGUUUUGCAACUGGAUAAGACAGCAGCCACCUGAUUUUCAUUUAAAAAUUUUAUUUUCUGACGAAUGUACAUUUAAAAGUGAUGGGUCUGUCAAUACUUGGAACUACCGUUAUUGGGCACAAGUUAAUCCUCACUGGUUGAGAGAAAUGGAUCAUCAAAACGUUUGGAAAGUCAAUGUUUGGUGCGGCAUUAUUGGAAGUCAAAUCGUAGGUCCUAUUUUCUUCGACGAAAAUCUAAACGGUGAUAGAUAUUCCGUCUUAUUAGAGACAGAUCUUCCUAUCUUACUAGAAAAUCUUCCUCUGCAAUUGCGCCUGGACAUGUGGUUCCAGCAAGAUGCAUGUCCAUCACAUAUAUCCAGAGUUGCUCGUGUAGCAUUAAAUGUUAUGUUUCCUAACAGGUGGAUAGGCAAAUACGGUCCUAUCAAUUAUCCACCCCGAUCACCAGACCUCACUGUCCUUGAUUAUUAUUUGUCGGGAAGAAUAAAAGACUUGGUUUACCGUGAACGCACGACUACGAGGGACAAUAUGAUCUGUAGAAUAAAUGAAGCAAUUCAAUCUUUAGAUGCUGAUGAAAUUCUUCGAGCAGCCAAUAGCUUUCAAAAUAGAGUAGAUGCUUGCAUUGCAGAAAAUGGUGCUCAAUUUGAACACAUCGCUUGAGCAAACACAAACACAUAGCAUGUACAUACUGCAUUCAUCCCCGAAUCGUGAGAGGCAAGGGGACUCACGUUAAUCAAGCACCCCCAAUCGUGAGAGGCAAGGGGACUCACGCAAAUUAAGCACCCCCAAUCGUGAGAAGCU